CCCAGACCUGCUGUGGAGUUACAGGGCUUCCACAGGCUGGAUAGAGAAGAGCAAGUCCUGUGGUAAAGGCUUACGGGCCCAGUGCUGCUGCCCCUGGCAUUUCCUUUGGCCAAGCCAGGCUUCCCUGGGGCAGGGCGUUUGCUCGUGCGUGUGCGAGGAUCUCCUUUAUCUCUGGUUAGUAACAUUGACAUGAUAACAACCCCCAAUCUACAGAGAUAGGAAACUAGACCUUUAUCUAUGUUAAAGAUGUUUAAGAGUGAUGUUGCUGACCAGCAGUUUAGCCUUGAAACUGCAAUUGAAAACAUGGAUAAAAUGUCCAGGGAGUUGAAGAAGCUAAAUGUGCAAAGCCAGCUGCUGCUCUGUGACCUUACUUUGAACUUCAAUCAUCCUGUGAAGACCACCGUUGCAAGGGAAGUAGAAGAAGAGAAAAUAGAUUCUGAAGAAUUGAGUAAUUCUAUUCCAUUAAAUGCUGAUGUUUCAAUUACUAAUUCUUCACUUUGAGCUAUUAGAAUUCCAGCAUGGCUUUCUGCUCUAGAUUUUCAGUGAGUGAUGAAGGUUCUUAGUGAAACAUCACAUUAAACCAGGCAAGCAAAAGAGGAAACCUCAUCAACAUCUUGCUGACUUUUAAGUGUUUUUUGCUUUAAUUAAAAUAAUAC